AUGAACAUAUUAUUAUUACAGUUUUCUAAUUUAAUACUAAUAGUUGCAGGAUAAUACUACAGGUAAUUUAUUGAUUAAGAAAGCUUAGUUAGUAGAAAGACGUGGGUUGUAUUGAAGAAACAAUGUCAGGAUGUUAAGAAUUGUGUAUUUUAGGAGUAGAAGAUUGCAAUUCUGUUACUCCGAAAUGUGAGUAUGGUUAUUUUUUAUUUACAUUGGGAGCUUCAGAAACAAAGCCUCCUGAAUGUGUUUAAUGGUAAUAGAGUUAUAAAUAACAUAGUCCUUAUUAUCAGGUCAACAUUAAUUCUGACUUAGUGAAUUAUUGUAUGGAUUGUUUUGAAGAUCCGUAUGGUUGGGAAUUCAGUAGGAAAUGUACAUAUGAUUAUGAAGUUGGAAAUGGUAAGUUAGGUGAAGGAACUUAUCAGAAAGUAGUAAGAGAUUAUCCUGAAUUAUUUUUUGUUGGUAAUUCAAUUUCAUAGGGAAUUUGGACAGGAACAAUAGGAAGAAUAAGAUAAAUGAAAUACGCAGUUUAUAUUUGCACAGGAUGCAAGGACUUUUGUAAGAUUCCUGAUGAAAGUACAUGCUAUACUCUUGGUCAUGAUUACUAAAAAGUAGAUUUCGAUAAGAUUGCAGUAGAAUGUGUAGAAGGAUAUUAUAUGAAGAUAAAUAAAUGUGAAAGUUGUUCUAUUAAAUAUUGCAGUAAAUGCAGUAGUAUUGUUGGUUCUGGUUAAACUGAUAAUUGUUUAUCAUGUUAAGAUGGAUAUAGAUUAAGUGAAUAGACUAAAAGUUGUAUUUAGUGUACAAACAAUUGUAGUAUAUGUUAUACAGUAAUUAAUGGAAGCACAGAAUAAUAAAAAUGUAGAGCUUGCAAUACAGGUUAUAUACCUAGUUUAGAUUUAAAUACUUGUGAAGCAUGUGAUGCUAAUUGUUUAAGAUGUGAAUAUGUUUCAAUAGCUAAUGAUGAUAUUAAAUAUCCAACUAGGUCUUUCUUAGAAAUAGAAUCUUCAAAUUAAGACAAUUAUGUUAAAAUUUGCAGACAAUGUUAAUAAAGCAAUGACAUUCUUAAUUAUGAUGGUUAAUAAUGUGUACCAUCUCAAAUUAGUAAUUGUGAUAUUGGAUAUUAUUAAAUAUCUCUGAAAGCAACACCAACUUAAACGAGAAAUACUAUAGAUCUUGAUUUUUAACCUUAUAAUAGAGAUACAGAUUCAGAUCCUGUAAGCAUGUGUUUAUACUGUAAAACGAAUUUUGUUUUGUCAGAGGCAGGCACUGCUUGUUCUGCUGUAAUUGAUGCUAAGAAAAUAGCGAAUUGCAUUUCCCAUUAAUUUAGUGGUACUAACUAUAAGUGCAUUAAAUGUUCAGCAGUAUUAUAUUUGAGUUAUAUUUAUAGGGAUAUUCUUUAGAUACUUAAUAGGGAAUGUGUUUUUUAGGAUGUAGUGACUAAAUAGAUAAUUGUUCAUAUUGUAUUUCAUACGAUAGUCCUUCUGAUGAUGUUGUCACUUACUAUGAUGCAAGUGGAACGUAGUAAACAGGAGAUACUUAAAAAGUUUAUUCCUGUUUAAUUUGUGAUGAAGGUUUUUAUGCUGAUUUCUUUUCUAAUGCUUGUCUACCUUGUCAAUCUUAUUGUAGUUCAUGUUCUCAAUACAAUUAAGAUUAUAAUUUUACUAGUUUCAUUUUACAAAAAACUGUUAUGGACACAUUCAAAAAAUCAAAAUACUUAACCACUAGUCUGGAAGAACCAUUUUGUUCAUCAUGUACCACUGGAUUUUCAAAGUAUGGUAAUAAAUGUGUUGGAUGUACUAAAAAUUGUGUAAUUUCAAAUCCAAGUAAAGUUGCUAAUAAUCCAUUAACUUCAUUAUCGAAUGCUUGUGAAUAUCAAAGUGAUGGAGCUUAUUGUGGAUAAUGUUUCAAUUAUCAAAGAGAUAGAUCUUUAAAUUCAGAAUUAUCAGAAUGUUAAACAUGUCCCUAUUUAUGUAAUGCUUGUAGGGAGAGAACUUUAGAUGAACUUAAUAGAGUCAAUUAUUAUUUUUCACCUUCAAAUUCUAUUUUAUAAAAAUACAGCAGAUUGUGUUAUUCCUAUCAUGGAUAUGUAGCACUUAAUAAAUAAGUUACAUACGAUACAUACUUAAAUAUGCCAGUUGAAUGUGACUAUGUUUCAGGUAAAAGUAAAAAGUGUGUCUAAAAUGCUAAAAUUGAUAUAAAAUUAUAUUGCAGUAAUAGUGAGUAUACCUAUGCCUAUGGUUAAGCUACUACUGCAGAUAAACCAUAUAUAUUGAGUUUAAGUUAUUUCUAUUCCAUGUCCUCAUCAUCAAUUUAUCCUACUAAUAUUACUUUGGAUGGAAUUGAAACUUUGACUCUCUAUAAAGAACUUAAUUAAAAAGUAAUCAGUUCUCUUAUUUUAAAUAUCUAUUUAAUUAGCUCAACUAAAUUAUGCAACUUUGAUUCAAGUACUAAUUUCAUUUUUGAAUUACAAAAGAAUGUCUUUUCAAUUAGAUAAUUUUAUGUAAAUAUCAUUGGAGAAACAGACUCUACAUAGGCUCCUUUAAUUGUUAUGUUAAAUGGUUUAUUAAGUAUUCCAUGGUCUGAUUAUUUGACUAUUAAAGGAAUUGAAAUUAAGGCUUCUACUUCUAAUAGUACAUAUCCCUAUACAGGUUUAAAUAUUUCUUAAAAUGUAAAAACAAAAUUAAGUUUAGAAAAUUUUAAAUUUACUAAAGAUAUAAAAUAUGUAACAAUGCUUUUCUUGGCUGAAAAUGUUGAUAUGAUUAAUUGGAAAAAAGUAGUAUUCAGUGGUUUAAAAACCACUGAUCUGUUUUAGCUAACUUAUCCUUUACAAAAUAUAAAUACCAUCAAUUAUAUGUUUGAUGAUGUUAUAUUUGAUUCAUGUGAAUUUGAAGAUACUGUUCUCUUUUCACCUACUAGAAAUUCUAAUGUCCGAUCUGUAAUUUAAAGUAUUGGUACUAAAGGAAUGACCUUCCAUAAAUGUAAAUUAACAUAAACAACAAUUUUUGGAGAACCAGAAGGUUCACCAGUAAAUAGUGGAUAUAUUAAUUUUGGAAAAGUAGUUUUUAAGUUCACAAUGUUUACAAGUAGUUGGUUUGUAAAUUUAAAAUCUUAAAAUCAGACUUUAAUAGAUAAAAUGGAUAUUAUUAGAUGCAACUUUACUGAAAGCUCAAGACUUGUUUAAUCAAAUUCAUUUUAUUUAAGAAACAUUUAUUCAUUAAACAGUUCAUUUUAUUCAGAAAGUCGUUUAUUUUAGAAUAGUUACAAAGUAAUAGAUGAAUUUUAUGCAUCUUAAGGAUUGUAAUAUUUUUUAUUUAGUAAUGUAAAAUUAAUAAAUUCAAUAUGCUUAACACCAAUUUGCUUUAUAAAAAUUUCAACUCCGUUGAAUAACUAUUAAUAUUUAACAAAUAUAUCAUUAGUAGAUAUUUAUAUCGAAUAAACAAAUUCAAUGAAAUUGACUGACAAGGAAUCGAAUUCUGUAUUAUCUGCAUUAAUAUUAAUGACAGCAAUGUAAAAAAUAUAAGUUUCUAAUUUUUAAUCUUUAAAUAAUUUUGGGAUUACUCAAAUAGCAGUAUAUAAAAUUCAAUCCUUCUAAUUAAUAGAUGGUUUAUAUGAUUGGACAUAAGAGUAAUAUUAUGGAGCUCAAUUAAAUCCAACAAAUAAUAAGAUUCCAACAAGUAAAGAUUGUGCUGAUAGAAAAACUGAAUUUAAAAGUUAUAAUGAACAUUUUUUAUAUAUAGCAGAUUUUGAUAUAGGAGUAAAUAUAGAGAAUGUAAUAAUGAGAAGAUUGUUAUCAAUAGAUACUAAUUUUAUAUAAAUAAAAUCUUGGGAUGCUGAAUAGUUUAAUACAACCAGUGAUGUAAUAAUAAAAGAUGAUGGUUUAUUUUAUGAUAAUACGGUGAGAGAAUUGAUAAUCUUAAAAAAUAUUAAAUUAAUAGGAAACUCUUUGACGAUUACAGAAUCUGGAACAGCAAUAGGUUCAAUAUAUAUUAAUUCUGGGUAGGAUUAAGAUUUAAUAAUUUAAGAUUGUGAGUUCUUACAGAAUCAUUUACAUUCAUUAAUUACUGAUCAAUUAUCUCCUUCUUCUCCAAUAUUUAUAAUACAAGCUCCAUUAUCAUUUCUUGAAAUAAGAAAUACUAUUUUUGAAGAUAAUCGUGUUACUAGAGUCCAUAAUAGUAUCAUAUAUGUUGUUACAUAUUCUAUUAAGAUUAUUAAUUGUAAAUUCACAAAUACAAAUAUAAGAUAAAAAGAAUGGGUUUAUAGAUUGGAAGAAUAAUAAAUAGUAAAUUUUACUUCUACUUAAUCAGAUGAGUCUGAAAUCAUCAUAACACUUGAAUAGUAUUUCCCAAUCUAUAGUACUGGAGGUAACAUAUUCAUAAAGUCAGCAAACACUGAAAUAGAGAAUACUAUAUUUGAUAAAGCCUAAGCAAUAUAAGGGGCAGGCAUGAUGAUAGAAACUAUAGAUGCUGGUAAUAUAACUAUCAUAAAUACUCAAUUUAAUAGAUAAUACAAUAGUUUACUUAAUCAAUAUUCUUCUAAUGGAGGUUGUUUAUAUAUAGAUUCAUCUAAAUCUAAAUUAAAUCUUAUAAUUGACAGAGUUGAUAUGCAAGAAUGUGUGACUAGAAUAGAUGGAGGAUGUUUAUAUUUGAAUCCUUCAACUUAUUAAUCAUCUGUUGAUAUAAGCAAUUCUAAAUUUACAAAUUGUUAAGGUCUUAAGACAUCAGGUUUAUAUAUGCCAUUCUCAACUUCAUCCCCAAUACUACCAAGGGUUAGUAUAACUAAAUCAUCCUUUUCAUAAAAUAAUAUUGGAAAUUUCAUUAGAAAUCUACCUGAUAGAUCCUCUAUUGAUGAUCAAUAUUUAUAUACAAAAUCAUCUAAUUUGUAUCAGAGUUAUGGUAGAUUUACUCUUACAUCAACCAUCUUUAAAGAACUUCAUUUUGUUGCUGUUUUAACUUUAGAAGAAAUGGUUGAAGUUGAAAUCAAUGAUGUUACAAUCUCUAAAAAUAUCAUUUUCAUUAAUAGUAUUGUUUCUAUUACUUUAUAUGAUAUUUCUGGAGUUAUAACACUAACUUCAACGAAAUUUUUAGAUCAUAUCUAAUUUGAUUCUAAAACUGAUUCUUGCAAUUCUGACUCCUAUUUUGUUGAUUAUUUUAAAUAAAAUAUUUUAUUUGAACAAACCUGUUUAACAGUUGAAACAUUAGAUUCAAGUUUUAGAUCUGAAGGGUUACCUGAUAUUUUAUAUAAGUACAGUAAUGACGCCAAUCCUAUGUAUUUUGCAGAUAUGGAUACUUAUUAUAUAGCAUUAACUGAUGCUUUUAAAUAUUAAGUAGAUAAACCAAAUUAAGACCUAAUGGUUUAUCAUUACUUAUAGGAUGCUAUUAAUUUAAAUUUAAUUUUUAGAAUUUUUACAACUUUCUCAGAUGAAGAAAAUAACUCUUUUUUAGUUUGCUACUUAGGUAAACUUUUAAAUAAUUACAAUAAUUAAAAUUCUAAAAUAACUACUGGUUUAUUUAAAUUAGGAUCAGUUACAAAUAAGUAGUAUUUAACUAUAGAAUAAGUUACAAUUGAAAAUAAUAGAUGUUUAAGAUGUGUAAAUGGUUUAAUAUAAAUUUUAACAAUUCAUUAAGAGACUUAUCCUGUUAUUGAAAUAAAUGACUUUCGAUGUCUUUCUAAUCAGGCUGGUUAUUAUGGAUGUUUAGUACUAACAUAUGAUAAUGAGAUAAAUGAAGCUGAAUAAACAAUUCCAUUAACAGAUUAUUCAUUAUCAAACUCAAAAAGACUUCUAACUGUGGUUGAAGAUUUACUUAAAUUAAAAAAUGUUAUAAUUAUAUCAAAAUCCUCAUUCAUAAGCAAUUCUGCCAAAGUUGGAGGAGGACUUUCUAUAAUUGGUUUAGAUGCUUUGAUAAUUCAUUCUGAAUUUACUGAUAACUAUGCCAGUUUGAUGGGAGGAGCCCUUUAUUAUAAAAGUGGUACAUAUAAAAACACUGCUACUGCUCUAAAUAUAGCUGAUAACACAAUAGAGGGUAAUGUAGCUUAAUUAGCUGGAGGUAUGUUUAUUUCAGGAGGAUCUAUUGGUAAUGUUACUUCUAUCGAAAUCUUCUUUCAAAAUAAUGAUGGACUAUUAAGAGGAGAUAAUCUUGAAGAAUAUCCUUAAAGUUUAACCAUAUCUAUGAAAACUAAUUAACUGUUGAAAACUAUUACUUUUUAAGAUUAUGAUGGUGAUGUUAAUAAUGAUGGAUUUAUUGAUAGUUCUAAAAGCACUAUUAUUGAUAUCAUCUCAUUAGAUUCAUAUCAAUUAUUUAAUUAUAAAGAACCUACAACUUAUUUACUAUUACCAUCAGGUUAAGCUAUUAAUUCUUAUAAAUAUUAUUAUUCUGAAACUGAUGAACAAGUACCUUAUGAAUGGUAAUUCAAAUUGAUCAAUUUAGAUAGAUAUAAAUAACCUAUGUCAAACAUACUCUCAACUGAAUCAUGUACUUUAUAAGCUAGAAUUAUGGAUAUUAAUAAUUUUAACACCACUAAAGAAUUUUUAUCCAACUUUACAAAUCAAUAAAUUGUCUAUUAUGAUUAAAAGACUGGAGCUUUUGAUUUUGAUUCUCUUAUUGUUACAUUUGACCCUUAUUUAGAAGAUAAUCUAUUCCUAUAAAUGAGAUGUAUAUAUAUUUAUUUUCACAUUUUUAGUUGUUUGUACAUCGAUAAAGAUUCCAGUUUACUAAACAGUAUCUCCUUAUAAGAUUUAAUCAUAUAAUCAAAAUUAUGCACUAUAUGUAAAUGUAAAAACCCUGCCAUGUCAAUUAGGAGAAGCAUAUUCUUUACAACAAUGCAAAGCUUGUACAAAAGCUGACAAAACAUACUCUGUUAGUGAAAAAUAAACAUAAUGUUAAGCAAUUGAUUCUACUACAAUGGAUGAUGUGAGUCCAGCUGGUAUUAAAUUAAAAUAGGGGUACUGGAGACCAUAAUUUGACAGUGAAAUAGUAACAUAUUGUUUAAAUCUACCUGAAAAUUGUAAUGGAGGUUGGAAACCUGGAAAUCCUUCAUGUUAUACUGGUCAUAUGGGAGCCUUAUGUGAAUCAUGUGAUAUAUAUGGAGUACGAGAUGAAUUUUAUUCCACUUCUGCCAAAUAUAAAUGCGGUCCAUGUGCUGAUACUUUAGCUGUUAAUGCUAUAGUAAUAACAGCAUUAUCGUUUGUAACUCUUUUUUCAAUGAUUUUAUCUGUGAAAGGAAAUUAUUAAAUGCUUGAAGAUUUUGUUAGAAUUUAAAAUAAAAAAGCAAUGGGCAUUCUUGUAUCUUCAUCAGAAAGUAAUCUAGCAAUUCUUAUUAAAUUAUUUACUAACUAUUUUUAAAUUCUUUCAGCCAUAUCUACAUUUUAAAUUAAUUUAAGCGGAGGUAUUACAAAUGCUACUUAAGUUUUGGGUAAUCCAACUUAAUCUAUGGCUUACUCUCUAGAUUGUUUUUUAGUUACCAUGACUAGUAUUGAAAUACUUUACUUUAGAUUGAUUUGGGCGAUACUCAUGCCUAUUAUUUAUUUAGCUGUUUUUCUAUUUGGAUACUUUUUAGCUGUAUUACUCAAAAAAGUCAUUUUUAAAGAAGGUAUAAUAUAUACGGCUUUUAUUUAUAUGUUUUUAUAUCUAUAGCCUAAUUUAGUUGGAGGUUUUAUUGCAUUAGCAUCUUCUAGAGAAAUUGGAGGACUUGGAUGGGUUUAAGCAGAUGUUUUAUAUUAAUAUGAUACUGAUACUCAUUAUAUCUGGUUGGCUGGAUUUGUUGCACCUAUGCUUAUUUGUUGGGCAUUCUUAUUUCCUUGUAUUUUUAUGUUUCUAGUAUAUUAAAUGAGAAAUCAUUUAGAUAAGGUUGAAAAUAGAAAAAAGUUGGGCUAUUUUUAUAAUGAAUAUACAAGUGAAGGAUAUCUAUGGGAAUUUGUUAAAAUUUUUGAAAAAGAGUUAAUUAUAAUUUUCUUAACAUUUUAUGAAGAUAGAGUUGUUGUUAAAGGUUUAAUUAUAUUUUUAAUUGUAUUUUUUUAUGGAGGAUUUACAGUUAGAUUCCAUCCUUAUUCAAGCAAAAGACUUAAUUUUAUAGAUAGAUUAUCAACAGCAAUAUGUGCAGCUUCAUUAUGUUUAGGUGUUUUAAUCUAUUCAUCAAUUAAAGAAGGACUUAUUUACUUAGAAAUAAUUAUGCUUAUAAUUGUUGCUCUGAUUAAUAUUGCAUUCAUUUUUCUAAUGAUUUAUUAUCUAUUUGAAGGAUAUCUAAUUAAAUUUUAACCUUAAUUAGAUAAAAUAAGAGAUUAAUUAAGAAUACAUCAUCCAGAAAUUAUGGAGAAGUAUCCAUGGAGUAGAAAGAUGCUUUAUAACUAAGCAAAAAUGAAAGAUAAAGUUAAAAAAUUAUGGGCUUCUCUAAGAUAUUAAACAAGAAAGGGAAUUAAUAGAAGAAGAUAAGAUCCCUAAGCACCAUUAUUUUUAAAUGAAAUUAGUGAUCAACCGAUUUUAUUGCCUUUUUCUGACUCUGAAAAAACAAAAUAAUGUAAUAAUUGAUCAUAUUAUUCUUUUAGAAAAAACUGUUAAUUAUUAAGACUCACCUAAUUAUUAAAAGAUAUACCCUGAAUAAGAUGGUUUAGAAUCAGAACAAAUCAACUUAAAUUAAAGAAAUUAAGAGUAAUGA